AUAAAAAACCCUAAAAUGAAGAACGAAAGCGCAAUGGCGACUCAGGAAGAUGACGAUGACGAAAUAAACCCCUUCACCACCGUCCUAAACGACCAAGACCACCACGAACAACAACCUAACAGCUUAACCACCGUACACGACGGCGCACCGGAGCAACAGAGCUACUCACUCCUUUCGAUCGAGUCAACGGUCGUGAUUCGCCAGCUCCCUUCCGAGGGACUCUCCUUCCAGCUCUGGCCCGCCGCCACCGCACUCAUCUCUCUUCUUGAUAGCUACCGUUCCAGCCCUUCCACCAGCCCCCUCUCCGCUGCUUUCUCCGGCAGCCAGCGCCAGCUCAGGAUCCUCGAGCUAGGCUCCGGCACAGGAAUCGUCGGAAUCGUAGCCGCCGCCACGCUCGGCGGCAAUGUGACCAUCACGGACCUUCCUCACGUCGUUCCGAAUCUCCAAUUCAACACAGACGCCAACAAAGAAGUUGUUACGUCCAAUGGCGGCGCCGUAACUGUGGCGGCGCUGAGAUGGGGAAAUGUUGAUGACGUGGCAGAGAUAGGGCGCGAUUUCGACGUUGUUCUGGCUUCGGAUGUGGUUUAUCACGACCACCUGUACGAACCGCUCCUCGAAACGCUGCGUUUUUUGUUGUUAGGGUUCGAGGAGGAGAAAGAUAUGAAGAAAAAGGAGAAGGAGACGGUGUUUGUGAUGGCUCACUUGAAGAGGUGGAAGAAGGAAUCGGCGUUCUUCAAGAAAGCGAAGAAGCUCUUCGACGUUGACGUUUUGCACACUUGUGCUCCCUCCGAUGGUGAUAGGGUUGGUGUUCUUGUUUACCGCUUUGUUCCCAAGCGUUUGAUUGCUCCUUCAGAAGUGUGAUGUUUCAACCAUAAUUCCAUGUUUCAUUUCAAAGUUUCAUAUUUUUGGUAUAGCUUCUGCAAUUGUUGCUUAAGUUCAACUUAGCUUCUUUCUUUACUUUGUUUGAAGGUGGUUAAGCAUUUAGUUCAAAUUUCUUGAAAUAACUCUGGUAGCUUUUGAUGUUUGUUUCUGCCAAUUGGUGAAGCUUGAUAUUGGUCAAAUUCUGCUUUGAGUGGUUGAACUGUAUUAGUCUUUGGCAUUUGAUAAUUUGUUGAGGAAGCAACUGUAUUAGUCUUCUCAAAUCAGAUUCUUCCUUUGUGGGGUUAGUUAGAAAUUGUUAACAGAGAUUAGUAACUGAGUUGUGAUUG